UAUGAGGCAAUAAUUAUAAUGUUGCAGGAAACGGUACAACAACUCAAAAAAACUGUUGGAAGACAAGCCCAGAAAAUUGCUUCUCUUUCCAGGGAAAUACACUUCGUCCAGACUUGAGCCAAUAUAUGUAAGGAUGUUGUGUGCCGUUAAAAGCUGCCGGACUACGUCUGAAAGUGGUGAGAUCUUUGAAUUCCCAGAAGAAGAUUCUCUCAAACAACAGUGGCUGAACGCAUGCAGUCUUCGAAGCUCUGACAUUUCGCCGAAACAUGGAUUAUGCCACAUUCAUUUCAAGAGUGACCAGAUUCAAAUAGAUCCCUCGAGUGGACGUUCAAAGCCCUCAUUUGGCUCAGUACCAUCUCUAUUCUUAGAAGUAGACCCAGAUAUGGAACUAUUCUAUCAUAAUAACGACAGUCAUUAUAAUCGAGUUAGGAAAGAACUGGAAAAAGAUUCCUCUCGCCUGGAGACGAUUACACAUUUGCUCACUGUUAACGAAAAGCUCCAAAAAAAAGCUUCUCUUUAUCUCAAAAAACAAACAGACCUGGAAAUGGGCAAAGUACGUCAGUUCCUCGACAUGGCAGAGCAGAAUGCUAUCGCAGAUCAACUGCUGAAGAUGAAUAAAAGGAAGCCAUUCCAAUUGAAGAAGGCGAAUACAAUAGUAGACUUCGGUGAAAACGGUCUUGUUUUGAAAGACAGCGGUGUUGUAUUCUCUCCAGGGGACUCGCAGAAGUUAGCAUUUGAUGCCUCCUUCAAAGAGGUGUCAAAUCUGUUGGAAACAGUCGAAGCUGUUAAAUUUGCCUCCGACAUUCUCAACAAAGACAUUUUUGGUAACGCAAAAUAGUAAAUCUCAUCAUGAAAUAGUUGCACCUUAAGCUGAAGGCACUCCGACCAGUUCAUUAGAUUGUCGGUUGAAACUACAGUAUUUUCCUUAUAAGUUGCUGUGCAAGCUUGAAGUGUUCUAUGCUGUUGCAUUUGUGAUUAAUUAUUUUUAUGAUGGGUCUUUUCUAGACUUACCUAAGUUCCGUUAAGCUUCUUUUUGGGGUCAAAAUUUGACUUUACCAUAAUAAACCCACACAUUAAAUUGCUUUUGUUUUGAACUUCAAAAACCUUGAAUGAAUAAGUAAUUUGUUAAAGGAUAUUUUCUACUACAGAUGUUUAUUUGCCACUGAACACUUGUUUCCAGGAGGUUGCAUUUUUACCAAAAGCUGAGAUAAAAUGGAAAUAAAAAAUCAGUUUCGUCUCUUUUUUUACAAAGGUCUUUUUAAGGAAAGUAGGUCAGAAUUUGACUUUGAGUUAAUGCCUGAGCUUGACUCCAAUUUUCAAUUUGUAAUUUUGUGGUUAUUCUUGUUUUCAUGUGAAUAAAUUAUUUCUAUUUUCUGUACAAUGUCAA